UUUUUUCUAUUUUUUUAUCCUUUUUUCUUUUUUUAUAUAUAUAUAUAUUUUUUUUUGUUAUCUUUUUUUUUUCGAUUGGAUUUCGUAAUAACGUUCCAAGUGAUUCAAUAAUCGUUCGGUUCAGUGAAUUUGACCGAAAUUUUGCUCUCGCACGUGGUUUUCCUUUUUUGAAUACAUCUAUAUCUUGAUUACAUUAAUUUUACUGAAAUAAAAAGAAAAAAAAAAAAAAAAAAAAAAAAAAAAAAAAAAAAAAAACCGAAGGAGAACGAAACUCCCUUUGCCUCUUCGUGCCGUUCAACCCUCGAUAAAAAGGGGAAAAAAAAAAACGAUAAAAAAAGGAAAGAAAGAAAAGUACGCCACUAUAAAAUAGCCUUUGAAUAUUGCGCGAGUAAUAAUAAUUGCACCAUUUGUCAUCCAGUUUCACGGUUUUAACGAUCGUAUUUACCAAGAGAUACAGAUACCCAUGGGAAUAAUCGAUAAUUCUUUUUCAUUAAUGCAUUUUGGAUCCAUUUUGGAAUAUUGUAAAGGUGAUUGCGAAAUUCCAACGUGCAUUUGUUUUCAAAGUACAAUUCCAGCGAAAGAGAGAGAGAGAAAGAGAGAGAGAGAGAGAGAAAGAGAGAGAGGAAAAACUUCGAUUAUUAUCGUUUCAAUAUCGAAAUAUCGAAAAUAUCGAUUGGAUUAGCUAAUUAUUUGUAUACCCAAUGGUUUUAGUUGUUUUACCACCUGUGAAAUAACACAAUCGCAAGAGUUUUCUCCGGUUGAUAGGGAAACAUUCGUGGUAGCGUUAAAAAAGAAAGGGAUUAAAACGAACACGUAGCUGGAAAAACAGAACGGUGGUUGAUUCCCUUUCUCUCAUCCUCUUGUUGGCGAAAAAGAGAUAAAUGAGAGAUUGAAAGAGAGAGAGAGAGAGAGAGAGAGAGAGAGAGAGAGAGAAACGAGGAAAAAAGAAAGGGAUGAAGAGAAACGCAAACGAGGAAUUUCGGGGGUGGGAAAGGGAGGUUGGGAGGGUGAGAGAGAGAGAGAGAGGGAGAGAGAGGGAAAGCGUUACAAACGAGCCGUACACCGUCGAUGGACUCUUUAGCGCGUCGACGACUGUGCAAACAUUGAUAAUUACACCGGCAAUUAAUUCCGAUGCGGUUGAUUCGAAUUUACAGGAAUGGCGACAUACGAGGAAAGCGUGAACGUACGUAGAGAGAAGUUACGGGAUCUGAUAUCGAGAGAGCAGAGAGAGUUGACGCGGGAAAUUGUCGAGCAAGCUCAACACGGCGAGGAUACGAGGAUGGAGGAAAUGAAGGAGGAAACGGAACGACUGAGGAAGCAACAAGAGGAACACCGUUUGGCAUUGCUAGCAUCUAAACGAAUGCAACAGUACAUUGCACGUUGUCCCGAAGUGAGGAACGAGUUAACGAAGAGAAGCACGAAAGAAGUGAAGAUAUGUAACUUAGUUCAAAUGGCCGAGAACAAGGCAAAGAGAGAGCUCGAGGAUGAAUUGGAGAGGCUUUGGCACGAGUUGAUGUUGAGAGAGGUAAAGGCAAAAGAGGAUAGAGAGGUCGAGGAAGCGAAAAAGCGUCUACAUCUGAAAAGGGAAUCUUUGAAGACUUUGGCCAAACAGUUGGCCGGUAAGUUGGCCUCGGAGGAAGAAGUGAAACGAGUUAAGAAAGAGGAAAGGGAAUAUCUCGAAGGAUUAUGGGAAAACGUUAGAAAAGAGGAGAGGAUGAAAUUGGAUGCGGAAAAGAAGAAGCGAGAAACAUUGAGAAUGGAAUUAGAGGAACAGGCGACGAGAGCUAAAAGAAUUUUGGUUGAACGUGCGAGAGAGGAGAUUAAAAUCGAUGAGGCCUUGAACGAUCUUGCGAAGGAAGAAUUGGAGAAAGAGAAGGCCGCCAUCAAGGAAACUUCGGCGGUAUUGCGCCGAGAACUUCUCGCUUACUUGAAGUAUCUCGAAGAGUUGCGCGAGGAGGAAGCCAGGAGGAAUUUAGAAGUGGACAGGAUAGUAGAAGAAUCGAUGAAGGACGCUCAGACGAGAAGAGAUCUUGCGGUUAAGAGAUUCAAGGAGAUGCGAGAACGAAAUCUACGCGAGGUCCUUCUUUGUAGGGAGGAACAAUUGAGGAGAAAGAGGGAGAUGGAGGAGAGGAAUAAACGAUUGCUCGAGGAAGAGAAAAUCAUUAUGGAGAAAGAGAUCGAGACUAAUGCGAGAUUGUGCGCGAUUGCUAAAGAGGAAGAGAAAAGGAAGAUGAUAUCUUAUGGGAAGGAAUUGACGGAGCAAAGGAAAUACGUCGAGGUUAUGCGCGCUAGGGAACGUGAGGAGGAUGAGAGGAUCUAUCAGGAAGGGCUUAAGAGGGAGAACGAAUAUCGAAAGUUAACCGAGGAACUGUUGAACGCCUCGGAAAACGUCACGCCGCAUCCGUUCAAGUUACUCCUAAGAGAAUACGACGCUCGUCUCGCUGCCGAGAAACAAGGCCUCUGUUAUUGCCCUCCUCCUUUACCACCCAUCUUACCACCAAUGCAAACCACCGAACCAUCGACAAAGUAAUUUUUCUAAUGACUCUCAAAGCGUCCUCCCUCUUUUCCCUUUCGUGCUUUGCACUUUUACGAUGAUACUAUCGUUGUUUCCUUUCUCCACCCAACCACCUCUACUUCACCCGUACUCCCCGCCCCCUCCCCCCACACCGCCGCCGUCCUCUUUGCCAUUUGCCACGAUGCAACCAACGAAUUACGCGAUAAAGCGAUGUAAUUUUAGUCUUUUAUUACACCCCUGUCUCUCUUUGUCCCUUUCUUUCGACUCUCUAGGAGCAUUCUUUUAUACCGCGAAAGGAGUUCCUUCUAACGAGGGAUAAUACGUCUACCUGAUCGCGUCACUGGAAUUCCUAUUUUGCCAGACCAAUGGAAUUCCUCGUUCUCUCUUUACAUUUGUUUAUUUUUUCUUUCUUUUUUUUUUCUUUUGUUUUUUUUCCCCCCUUUUUCCUUUUUUCUCUUUCUUAUUUUUAUUUUUUUAUUUUUUAUUUUCGAACAACAAAUUUCGACUCGUCUCGUACGAUUUUCUCUCGUACGAAAAAAGGAAAACAAUAUGUAUAAUAAAAAAAAAAAAAAAAAAAAAAAAAAAAAAAAGAGAAAAAAAAGAAAAAAAAAGAAUAAAGAAAAAAAGAAUCGGAACAUUUGGCGCGCCCGUAUAUGUAUAUCCGGUACUCUCGUAUAAUUUAUACUAUUUCGUAUUCGUGCAAAAAAAAAAAAAAAAAAAAAAAAAAAAUAGAAAAAAAAUUUCAUUUUAAAAACGAACCUUUGGAAAAAUCUGUGCUCCAACACGUUUUCGAAUGUGUCAUCGAAAUAAAUAUUAAUAAAAUUUGGAAAAACGUCGAUCUCUCAUACGUUCCCAGUAUCGUUCCCUAU